AUGUCGACUCAACAACCACCAACACCGAAAGGAUCGCGCAAUCCUAAACGAUUGCAAAAGAAAAGCCAUGCUCCUGCUGGCGAAAAUAGAAACAUGUUAUUGACAACGCCUCCUUCCUCACCACCACUCAGCUCCAGCCCUGGAGUGAUGUUUGUUGAGGGCCCAAUUGUGAAUGGAGAUCUAAACGGUUCUCGAAAAAAGAAUGGAACGCGCUCGACCAAGAAAUCCAAGGAAAAUUCUCGUCCAAAUAACAAUGCAUACAACAUGAACUCAAAUCAUCGACACACUUCAUCCCAGCCAAGCAUAACCUCGCCUCCUCAGUUAAAAGACAGCCCGCAUUAUGCUGGGCCAACCUUCCAUGCGUCUCCCGCACCAUCUGCUCUACCUAUACCCUCAUUUUUCUCCAAAUCUGUUCCCGAUUCUGGACUUUCUGCAGCUCUGGAAAUCGAGAGUGAGGCCGAUGGGGAACAUGAGCCUGAACCUGACAUGACCCCUUCGAAGCCCAAAGUGACAAGUUCUCACGAACCAUCCCCAUUGGAUUUCCUUUUCAAGGCCGCUAUUGAUGCGAGAGAUAGAAAUCAACAGAGCCCCGAGGCGACCUCGAAGAGAGCUACUCCCAAUACAGACUCCAAGGCCUAUCAGCGGCUAGACAAUUCUUCAAAUGGAAUAUUCUCUCUUGAACUAGAUGGACCAGAGAGAAAUUUGAUGCCGAUUGGUCCUUCAUUUGCAACCCCGUAUAGAGAUAGGAUGAACGCCUUGAGGCCCAAUGGACACCACUCUCAAUCAACGGGUGAUCUCAACGAUGCACAGCGGAGAGUAAAGACUGAAGAGCUGAAGAAUCUACUGUUAAACCCUAAACCCCAGCGUCCUGCUUCAGCAUCACCUCAACCCAGUGCUCUACACUACAACGGGACUAACAACUACGUUAUGCACAAACCAUAUAAUACGUCCCUGCAAACUUCUUCUGGGCCUCCCACACCUUUUUCCGACGGUGGUGGCACUCAACGAGGCGCGGAAGUAGGGAAUGGGAUAAAGUCGCACUACCGUUAUGCAUCUUCCACAAGUGACUUUCGUCAGUCUCGCAACGCUUCGUCGGCGUUGCACAAAGAGCUCUCGCCCAACGCGAGAUCCACCAAUAUGGCUGGAACCACAUAUGUUAAUUCUUUCCAGCCUUCUUAUCGCAAUUUCACCACGCAUGAUGCACCAACUCCUCACCUGCCUGGCUUCCAACGUCCUCCAUCUCGUCCCCCAACUCGUCCCGCAGAGGUUGACACAAAGAAAAUGGAGGACGACCUAAAGCGGAUUCUCAAGCUUGAUAUCGGUGGCAAUAUUCACCCGAACGGAGUGCAGAGCUCUUUUGCUUAA